UCUCAAAAUUCCAGCGAAAUCUGCUCUUCCCUUUAAGGGGUGAAAGAAGGGUCAGCAUUCCAGAAGUUCCUGGUCAUACCCAGGCUUGUAAUGAGCUGCCACUGGGGAAUCAGCAACCCGUUGCUGUAAGGGCUAUAGGAUGAGGGGUUGUGAGAGCAUAGGGAAGGGUCUCAGAGGUCUCUUGUCCCUGCUCGAGGCAGGUCUUUCUGGCCUGAAAAUCCCGUCGAAGAGAGCAGCUCUUAAAAGAGUUUGCUCCAAGUUCCCCGGACGCUCAGCACCACGGACAGCGGCCAGGGCGCCCUGAGGACCCGCGAGCAGGGCAGGGCGGGCGGACACUCAGCUCCAGGAUAAAAGGCCACGGUAUCCCGAGGAGCCAGGAGGAGCACCCGCAGGCUGAGGGCAGGUGGGAAGCAAACCCGGACACAUCGCAGCAGCAGCCGCAACAGCAGCAGCAGCAGCCUCCGCAGUCCCUCCAGAGACAUGGAUCCCCAGACAGCACCUUCCCGGGUGCUCCUGCUUCUGCUCUUCUUGCACCUGGCUCUCCCGGGAGGUCGUUCCCACCCGCUGGGCAGCCCCGGUUCGGCCUCGGACUUGGAAACGUCUGAGUUACAGGAGCAGCGCAACCAUUUGCAAGGCAAACUCUCAGAGCUGCAGGUGGAGCAGACAUCCCUGGAGCCCCUCCAGGAGAGCCCCCGUCCCACAGGCGUCUGGAAGGCCCAGGAGGCAGCCACUGAGGGCAUCCGUGGCCACCGCAAAAUGGUCCUGUACACCCUGCGGGCACCGCGAAGCCCCAAGAUGGUGCGAGGGUCUGGCUGCUUUGGGAGGAAGAUGGACAGGAUCAGCUCCUCCAGCGGCCUGGGCUGCAAAGUGCUGAGGCGACAUUAAGAGGAAGUCCUGGCUGCAGACACCUGCUUCUGAUUCCACAAGGAGCUUUUUCCUCAACCCUGUGGCCAUCUUUGAAGUGACUCUAUUUUUUUUUAAUGUAUUUAUGUAUUUAUUUGAUUGUUUUAUAUAAGAUGGUUUCUUACCUUUGAGCACAAAAUGUCCAUGGUGAAAUAAAGUCAACAUUAUAAGCUUUA